CCUGUCCUUGGCGCUGCCGGCGUGAGCGGAGAGCGGCCCAGGAGCAGCAGCCGGCAGGGAGGGUUCGGGGAGCGGCGGCGUGCGGGUGGGCCCUGGACCAGCGCGUGGAGCCGAGCCCAUGUGCUGAGCCUCCCCCGGGGAGCUCGCCGGCUGCUGCCCGCUGCCUCUUCCUCCUCCUCCUCUUCUUCUUCCUUCGUCUUCUAUUCUUCCUCCUCCUCCUCUUGCUCCCUCCUACCCGUACUUGCGCGCUGCCGCGCGGGGACCGCGCGGGGCUUGGCGGCACCUCGGGGGGAAAGGAAGGGAAGGGGCAGCCCCUCUUUGCUCUCCCCGUUCCUCCACGGGGUCUCGGCUCCGAGCCGCAGGUCAUGGGCUGGGGCUGCUGCCUGUCACAUCGUCCUAUCCCGUCCCCUUGAGGCCGGGGACCCGCGCUGCUUGGGGUAGGCAUUGGGGUUCCGCGCUGGCCGUCCCUCUAUAACAGAGCAGCGGUCUGCGUUAAACCUGCGCUAAACGGGGAGCGCAUAACUUAACUAAUGUGCAUGUGUGUGCUGUAAUUGCACAGCUGAUAACACGCAUCAGCUAUAAGUAUCAACAAUCGGUGCAUCUGAACGUACUCUGUUUUCUGCUUCGACAUAGCAGUGUUAAAUGGCAGUGCCUUUCAUUUGUGGGCUUCCCUCUUAGUUCCUAUGCUGCUUUCAAAUGAAACAGAUUGCUUCAAUUGGACAGAUCCAACUGGGAAUUAAAUACUAAAAACUCUCAGAAUCCAUACAUAUUGGAACAAUUAUUUCAAGGAAAUGUUCCAAAUGUAUUUCUCAGUGUGAAUCUGCGUUUUCCAACAGAUAUUAUGGAAGAAGGAAGAAAUGUUGCAGUACUGAUGCCAAGUAUUGGAGAACAGGAAGCUGUACUGAUUUCUGAAACAGUCAUUGGCCCAACACUGCAAGCCAGUGAAGAUCAGAGGAAAUGUAAAACUGAUCCACUAAUCCAUGUUAUCCAGAAGCUAAGCAAAAUAGUUGAAAGUGAGAAGUCACAAAGAUGCCUUUUAAUAGGGAAAAAACGUUCCCAUCCUAAUGCUUCUGCACAGUCCUUUGAAACGGAUGAUCUUUGUGAAAUCCCAGCUAAAGCAAUUGAGUUCUCUGUUAUUGCUACUAAGAAGACUGAAGAGUUACAAGCUGAUUGUUUUGUGACUGAAUGUCUUCCACAAAGCAAAAAAAAGGUGACAUGCUACCAGUGUAGUCUAUGUAAGUUUCUAUCACCUUCUCUCUUAAUGCUACAAGAACAUAUAAAACAACAUGGGCAGAAAAAUGAAGUGAUAUUAAUGUGCUCAGAAUGUCAUUUUGCUUCUAAAAACCAAGAAGAACUUGAAUCUCACUUCCAAAACUACCACGAGAAUGGUAGUAAAAUGCAGACAAAAGUACAGCAAUGUGUAAAUGUCUCAAGUUCAUUUUUGCAAGGGCCAGUGGAAAGAAGUGUCAAAUCAGGGACUGAUCAGACAGGAAAUGUGGAAUGUAAAGAUAUAACUCAGUCUACUCAUAUACCUGAAAUGGGUAGGAGGAAGUGGUAUACUUACGAGCAGUAUGGCAUGUACCGGUGUUUAAUCUGUCGGUACACCUGUGGUCAGCAACGAAUGUUGAAAACUCACUCUUGGAAGCAUGCAGGUGAAGUUGAUUGUUCCUAUCCUAUCUUUGAGGAAGAAAAUGAAACUGCCAACUUGUCAGAGAUGGUUGUAACUCAUACACCUCACAGCAUGGAUGCAGUUGUUCUUUCUUUGGAAAAUAAUGAACUAGAUAUCCAUGGUGAACCUACUCUUCAACUUCAGAUUUGCAAUUCUGAGCAACUGUCAUGUAAAUCACCAGUAGGAACAAAUGUAAAAGAAGAGAUGAUAAAUCAGUCUGUAGUGCAUUCUCCUACUACAGAGGUUUUAGAGGAGACUGUAUCAGAUACAGAACAGGAUAAUUUGGUAACUGAUAGCCUACUUUCAUCAGCACAGAAAAUCAUUAAUUGUAGUCCAAAUACAAAGGGUCAUGUUAACGUAAUAGUCGAACGUUUGCCAGGUGCUGAAGAAAGUGUCUUGCAAAAGCCUUUCUUGAUAAACACUGACAUUGAAACAGAAAAAAAAAUAAUCUCAGAAGCAUCCCGUGUUACCGGUGAAGAACCUGAUGAAGUUUAUCAUUCAGAUGAAAUCCAAGAAGUAAUAAUAGGAUGGAAUAAUACCGAGAAGAAAGAGAAUGAAUUAAGCCCUAUUAGAAAUGUAGCAACUGAUGAAAAUGCACCUCCUGUACGAAGAAGGACAAAUUCUGAGUCUUUACGACUACACUCAUUAGCUGCAGAAGCUCUUGUUACAAUGCCUAUCAGAGCUGCAGAACUAACAAGGUCUAGCUUUAGGACUUUGACUGGGGAAGACACUGUGGUUGCAGAUACGGGGCAGGGAGAGGCUAAUGGCCUGUGCAUGGCUCAUUCUAAAUUGGUAUCCUCGCAUAAGAAUCCUUCAGAGGAGUUUAGUGGCUUAAACCAAAAUGAAUGUGCAAUAGUUGAGAUACAGAAUGAAAGGCCAGAGUUAUCAGAAACACCAAUUAAAAUGGGCAUUAGUAUGUCACUACUCACUGUCAUUGAAAAACUGAAGGAGAGGACAGAUCAAAAUGCUUCUGAUGAUGACAUUCUGAAAGAAUUACAAGACAAUGCACAAUGCCAAAAUGCAAAUGAUGCAAAUAUUCCAGGAAGUAACCUAGUAGAAUAUAUACCCAGUGCAGAUCGGCCCUACCGCUGUCGCCUCUGCCAUUACAGCAGUGGUAAUAAGGGCUACAUAAAACAACACUUAAGAGUUCAUCGUCAGAGGCAGCCCUAUCAGUGUCCUAUCUGUGAACACAUUGCUGACAAUAGUAAGGAUUUAGAGAGCCACAUGAUCAACCAUUGCAAAACAAGAAUGUAUCAGUGCAAACAAUGCAAAGAAUCCUUUCAUUAUAAGAGCCAACUGCGAAAUCAUGAGAGAGAACAACACAGUCUUCCAGAUAUCUUUUCAACAGCCACAUCUAACAAACUAACUGUUUCAAAUGACAUAGAUGAAAGAGAAGGAAAUAAGUCUUCACUUCAGAAACUGUACAGAUGUGAUGUAUGUGACUACACAAGUACAACUUAUGUUGGUGUACGAAAUCACAGACGAAUUCAUAACUCUGAUAAGCCCUAUAGAUGUCGAGUAUGUGACUUCGCCACCACAAAUAUGAAUAGUUUGAAAUGUCAUAUGAGGCGCCACCCCCAGGAGCAUCAGGCAGUGCAGCUAAUGGAACAGUACAAAUGUUCUCUCUGUGGAUAUGUAUGUAGCCAUCCUCCAUCCCUGAAGUCUCACAUGUGGAAACAUGCAAGUGACCAAAACUAUAACUAUGAACAAGUGAACAAGGCUAUUAAUGAUGCAAUUUUGCAAAGUAGCAGGUUUCAAGGACAGCUUCCUGACAAAACCUUGUUGGAAGGCACAGAUGAAAGUACAGUACCUAUACUAGGAAGUUCAGACAACCUGGUGUCUUUUACAGAGUCCAUUAACCAGACUAAUAAUGAAAUGUCAGGUUCUGAUGAAAAUGAAAAACUUAACUUGAUGAAUACCUCAGGUGGUUUAGAAAAGAACUCCACUCUACCCCAUCUUGGCACAGAAUACUGUGUUCUUCUCUUCUGCUGCUGCAUUUGUGGUUUUGAGUCUACCAACAAAGAAAAUUUGCUGGAUCAUAUGAAAGAACAUGAGGGUGAAAUCAUAAACAUCAUCCUAAAUAAGGACAACAGCACAAAUCAGAGCACAAACUAGGUGAAGCAUUAAGUUGAAGAGGGGGUUUCCUAAAGUGAUAUUUUCUAUCUUCACUAAUUUUGCCUGAGAAACUUGGUAAAGAGAAGAAUUGCAAGCAAAACUUGCCGAUUUCCCAUUCUAAGUCCUUGUUUCAGUAAGAAUUCAAAUUUUUAACUAGGGACCGAUUAAUCAUUUUAGAGAUAAAUAUCAGGAGUAGGGAAUAGAAUGAUCCAUUUUAACCUGUUAUUUCUCUGUAUGGUGCCAAGAACAUGGGAUUGUUUUUCUUCUUUCCUUUUACUGUCUGGUACUAGUCAGUAAUAAUGACUUAGUACAGUAUAUUAAAACCUAAAGGCAUGAAAGCUUUGUUGCUUCCCAAAUAGUUACGCAAAAACAUUUUUACCCUCUUUUUUGAAGAUGGCAACUUACCAAAUACAAAUUUUACAACAGGAUUUCAUCAAACUCAGCCUGAAUUCUGGAAGGUAGAAAGAGGGGAGAUAAGGGCAUGUUUGUGCUUGCAUGUGUAUUCCCAAUCUGUUGUAUGUGUAUUCCCAAUCUGUUUUUAAGACCUUACAAACUCCAGGUUGUCUUUCAAAAAAGAGUGGUAUCCUAUCUGUUGAUUUGAAGCACCAGGAACUGAGUAAACUAGAAGCAUUUUGCUAAUAACUGUCUCUAAUUGGAUCCUAACUAUAAGCUGGUAUCUUUUAAUUGAUGGUAUGUAAAAGAUUCUUCAUAAUAAUGGCCUGCUGUUUCUUAAAGGCUUUCUUAACACAUUCAGCAGAACUAUUUAAGAAAAAUAAAUAAAUAAUAAUUAAAAACAAAUUUAAACUAAACCUGCAAAACAAAUCACCUCAUAUGUCACUAUCAACUUGUGGUGAUUGCAGUACCUAGGAGCACCAUUUUUUAUGAGAACAAGGCACUAACAUUAAUUGCCACAAAGAUAUUUUUAAAUCUAUAUAGAUUCCUAAGGAUGCAGAUAAGGAAGGAAAGGGAUUUUGAGGAAUGUCUACAUGUUCUGGAGUUCCUUGAAAGUUGCACCGGCUGUCUAAAUAAUCCCAUUUGUGUGGCAGGGUUUAAUUGUAGAUAUAAUUCACAGAAGGAUAAAGUAAUCAUAGCAAUGUUCCUAUAGAAAGUUAUAUUUCAAAAAAUAAAAUAUGGAAACCAUAUUUUAAGCAAAAUCAUCAAAAACAGUCACUUGUAGAAUAAAUUUUACUAGUGUAUAUAAUACAGGCUCAUAAGGGGAAUUAGGGAUUACUUUGUUUUCUAAAAAACAUAUAGAAAUCUCUCCCUUGUAAAGCACCGUAAAACUACAGUGCUUUGUUUUUGUGUGUUAACAGCAGUUUGCAAAAGAGAACAUUCAUCAACAUCUCAGUUGGAAAUAUAUACAGGCUAAUUACCUUGCAACUUUGUUAAGGUCAUUCAUAAAGUUGGCUACUUAAAAUUAUUUGAAAUACAGGUUUCAAUCUAGAGAAGCAGUAGCACUUCUAAAAGAAACCCUGUUGUAACCUGAUUUAAGCUUUCUAGUGUGUCUGUUUAUUUCUGCUUUUAAAGAAUGGCAGUUGCACGGAUGCAUACCUUGUUCCUGACAUGGGAAUGCAGUUACCUGAUUUUUUAGAAGCUCAUUUCUUAAAAAAUGACUUACUCUUAGAAAAACAGUGUUUUACAUUUAUUUCAUAUUUAUACAUUUCUGCUAGCAGAAAUGAGCUAGAACAGUAAGUCUAAGAAGGUGGUAUGUGUAGCAUACAGUCUGUUGUGCAUUGCUGACUGUAAGUGGCAAACAAGUCAGGUUACUACUUUAUGAAGCAGCACAAAAUCUAAAUGCCAGUGUAAAAGGCACUACAUUCCACGUACAUUCAGCAAUUUUUGUUGUUAAGUGGUUUCCUUAACUUGUUCAAGUUAAAUAUCUGUAGUUUUUUUAUAUAUAAAAUUGGUAUCAGAAAGUACACAUUUUACUUUAAAAUUGAUAUAAUGUCAAAGCAUUUGUGUCAUAUUUGAGAUAUUUUAAAUACAGAUUUGUAAUAUUUUCAGUUAAAAGUUAUUUUUAAUAUUUCUACAGAUAGAUUUUUCAUUUGAUGAACAAGAUUUAUUCACAUCUCAAAAUCAGUUAGAGAUAGUAAACUUCUAAUGGGAUAUUCAUACUGUCUUAUUGACACCAGUAUUUUAUCUAUAGAUACAGAAUUCAAUAUAGAAUUCAUGCAAAAGUAGUAAACUAUUUGCAGUAUAUCUGAUCUUCUUCAUUCAGAGAUCCUAUUUGUUGAAAAAUUAAAGGUAGGAAGAGAUCCAAGGUAAUGUUAAACUACCAGCCAGCAUUCACAGAAACAGUAUUUUGCCACUUUCCUUAUUUUUGCAUAAAGGGAUAAUUAUUUUAACAUUGUUCUGCUAGUGAAAGAAAAAAAGGUGAAAAACUUGCAUUCAUAAGCUAAAAAGAAGAUGGCAGCAAACCAAGACUUAAAAAGCAAGUAGCUUUCAAUCAAAGUUAAGAAUUCUGGUGUACAUGUUUGCAAUAUUCAAUAUAAUGCACCGAGACUGACUGUAAUGGGAUUCCUAAGCAGGAUGUAUCUAUUUACAUUUGCUCUUUGCCAUCUCGUUGCUUUUUUCUGCUUUGACCAUGUGUUACCAUAAAAUAGUAUAAAGUUAGUUGCCUCUAAAAACUGUUAUCAGUCCUAUCAAAUGCCAACAAAUAAUUCUUUCCCAUAUGCACAGAGGUAUAUUUAACUGUCUCCCUGCUGCUUGCCAUUAGUUACCCACUCACAGUUCUCAUGGCCUUUAUCAGAAGUUCUGCAUGUGAAGUAAUUAUAGGCUUAGUUUCUGAAAGUAAAGUAUUUCUCAGGUUAUCUGCUUUAGAAAGUGUAUGGUUGGCUUGGUUGCAUGUUAUGUAAGGGUUUUUCAAGCACAUUUCAAAGUCACCAACUCUGCAGUCUCCCCCUUUCAUAUUUUCAGAUCUUCUGUCACAGCACUAUGAGCUGAUCAGCUAUUUCACUUGCUGUUUGUUUUAUUAAGAGUUUGAUCCGUUAUAUGAACUGUAACUUGCAGCUUUGAUUUUAAAGGCCUAUACUUCUAUUAAAGAGAAAACUUCCUUUAUACUAGACAAUACAGAUAAAUAGGUGCGUAUUUCAUCUUUCUGAUUUAUGCUUGGAGUGGGAUUCAGUCAGUUAUUGUAUUUUCCUCUUUCAGAAGCACUUAUUUAAUCAUUUUAAAAAAUGUACGGUUGGUGCUGAAAGUAACGUUUGUUAAGAUAUAUUUAAUAGAAAUUUACAUUUGCAUUUGAUAUUCAUGGACAUGGGUACAUGUAUUUUUUUAAGAAAAGGUAUUGUAACACUAUGGCACUACUUUUAUAGCCAAAGUACAAAAAAUUUAGAAAACUGACAUGUAAAGACUGCAGUUAAUUCUGAUACUGUAUCUUAUUAAAUAGGAUGACUUCCAUUUUAUAAAAUUACCCAGCACAUUAAGCUGCAUGCCUUAAGCUCUCUCUAGGAUUGUGUUCCUGAUAGAUGACUGUUCGGAACUAUGAAGCAAAGUCUGUAGUACUACUUUAACUACCUUCUGAAAUACUGUACAAUGUUAGAAUAAUUUAUUUUGCUUUACAGGAGUUUGUCACGUAUUGACUUUAAUAAUGUAUUUUGGUAAUAAACUUUUUUUGUUAAACA